GAACUAAAUAAUUGAGGUUAUAUUUUAUUGUGUUGUGAUUAUUUUCAUGAAAAUGCCUUGAAAAUCUUUAUUUUCACAAAAAAACCUCUUCAAAGGGGUCUCACUGUGAUGGCUAAUUUGCCAAAACAAUUCAUAAGUAGUGUUUUAGUGAGAAAUGUAGUAUAUCCUUACCUGAGGGCCCUGAAAUCCUCAAAUGUCGACUCAAUUGAUUGCUUCACGAACGAGUUGGUGGAAAAGCGCAAUUUCCAGUGGAAAAACAACGUAGAACGGUACCUGCAGGAUGAAGAAAAGUAUUCAAGAGUUAAUCAAAAGACUCCACUAGAAAUGGCAAGAAGUCAUUCACGCAAUCACCUUGAAAACAACGUCCGGAAGAUGGAUGAAUGCCAAAUGAGAAAUCACAUUGAGUUGGCGAUCGAAGAGCAACAUCCCGCAAUAAUCCAAGUCCUCCUGGAUGAAUCUCUGGACUUGGGUAUCAGUCUGAGUGGGGAAUCAGUCAAAGACAUUCUGGAAUUUGCUGCACGAGCUGGAAAUAGGGAUAUCAUUGAGAAGAUGCGAUACUUUUGUGCUAAAACACAACCAGAACUUUUGCUGAAAGCACAGAGAUUUAUUCUCUAUGAAAUUCGCAUUAUCUGGAAGGAGGGCAAUACGGAGAGAGCCAUGAAGAAAUUAAGGAAAACUUACCCUUCUAUUAUGGCUUGGAAUCCUGUGGAAGUUCAUCGAAUUCUUAGGAUCUUCUCCCGCGAGACAGUUGGGCAGAAAAGUGAGGGUGUACUCUUGAAUUUCAUCAAACUCGCAGAAUUCAUCUCAACUGAUUUUGAUGAUCAUUUCGCUUUGGAGAUCAUCUGGCGCGAUUGCUUCUUCAGCCGAUGGUUCAGUGAUCAGGAAGUAGCAGUGAAGCUAUUCUGUCAGCAACCACCAAUCCAGAAGUUUGUGGAGCAGCAAAGCAAAUUGAUAGCAUUCAAACUUCUCAUAAAACAUCGCACCGAGACAGUUUAUCGGCUCAUUGAGCUUCUCCUGGAUGCACAAGUUAACAUGAAAGCAACCUGCCGGGAAGUCCUCAUGGUCCUCUUUGAUUAUCAAUAUUGGCGCAAUAAUUCUUCAGGCUGUUCCGAAAUCAUUCAAUCCAGCGACGAGUUGGGAAUUCCACUAGGACCUGAAUAUGAGAAGAAAUUGGUGAUUUUACUUUUGAAGCCACGCCCUAUUGUAACUACGAAGAAGCAACCAGCUCCAACAGUGGAAUAUAAGUUUUAGAAAGAAAAA